AUGAACUUUCCAUUCAAUAAAGAUGACCUUAUGCUUUCAUAUGAUCCCUUAGAUCCAAAAGUUCAAGCUGUUUAUAAAGACUUGAAAGAAGUAGUCGAUAAUUUGGUACAACCAAUCCAUGGAAAUAAUGUACACCUGGAAACAAAAUUAGUCUAUUAUUUAGAAAGAAUUGAUCAAAUUUUCAAUCCGAAAAAAAGAAAAUGUGGAGAUGGUGACGAUGACAAAGAUCAAAGUGUAUUGGGUUCAAAUG